GGGUUUCAUUUGGCUCGUUCCUCUUUUUUUCUUCCGAGCGCGAUGAUGGUGAAAUCGCUCUGCUCCUGAUUUGCAAGAAAGGCAAAGGCAAGUGGACGUCAGAUCCAGGAACCACCGAUUGAACGCCGUGAUUGAGGCUGGACUCGUGCCGAGGGCCACCAUGGUGGGUUCGUGGACGAAUGCUGGGUGUCUGCUGGCCGUCUUGUUCAGCUGCCUUCAGCAAGGAGAGGCUGAUAUAGGCGACGUUAACAACUCCGACUGCACCGGCACGUACAAGUGCAAGGAGGGCGUGAUUCUGCCCAUUUGGUACCCGCAGGACCCGUCGGUGGGCGACAAGGUGGCCCGGGCCAUCGUCUACUUCGUGGCCAUGAUCUACAUGUUCCUGGGCGUGUCGAUCGUGGCCGACCGCUUCAUGUCGUCCAUCGAGGUGAUCACAUCGCAGGAGCGGGAGAUCACGGUGAAGAGGCCGAACGGCGAGACGACCACCACCACGGUGCGCCUGUGGAACGAGACCGUGUCCAACCUGACGCUGAUGGCGCUCGGCUCGUCCGCCCCGGAGAUCCUGCUGUCGGUGAUCGAGGUGUGCGGCCACGGCUUCCACGCCGGCCAGCUGGGCCCCAGCACCAUCGUGGGCAGCGCCGCCUUCAACACCUUCGUUAUCAUCGCCAUCUGCGUGUACGUGGUGCCCGACGGCGAGGUGCGCCGCAUCAAGCACCUGCGAGUCUUCUUCGUCACGGCCGCCUGGAGCAUCUUCGCCUACGCCUGGCUCUACCUCAUCCUGGCCGUCAUCUCGCCCGCCGUCGUCGAGCUGUGGGAGAGCCUGCUCACCUUCGUCUUCUUCCCCAUCUGCGUGCUCUUCGCCUGGGUGGCUGACCGCCGCCUGCUCUUCUACAAGUACAUGUACAAGAAGUACCGCGUCGGCCGCCACCGGGCCGUCAUCAUCGAGUGCGAGGGGGAGAGGCCGGAGAAGGCGGACAUCGAGAUGGACGGCAAGGUGCUCAACUCUCACCACCACUCGGCCUCGGCCGCCGCCAACGCCGGAGGGGAAGACGACGGCGGCGGCGGCGGCGACUCCUCCAACACCGCCGUCACGGCGACGGGCAAGGAGCAGAAGGAGGAGGAGCAGCGGCGGGAGAUGGCGCGCAUCCUGAAGGAGCUGAAGCAGAAGCACCCCGACAAGGAGAUGGAGCAGCUGCUGGAGCUGGCCAACUACCAGGUGCUGAGCCAGCAGACCAAGAGCCGAGCCUUCUACCGCAUCCAGGCCACCCGCCUGAUGAUCGGCGCCGGCAACGUCCUCAAGCGGCACGCCGCCGACCAGGCGCGCAAGGCCGUCUCCAUGCAGGAGGUGAGGCCCGAGGUGGACGAGGGCCCGGUCAGCCGCGUGUACUUCGAGCCGGCCGCCUACCAGUGCCUGGAGAACUGCGGCUCGGUGGCGCUCACCGUGGUGAGGCGGGGCGGCGACCUGACGCGUACACUCACCCUCGACUACCGCACCGAGGACGGCACGGCCAACGCCGGCUCCGACUACGAGUUCACCGAGGGCUGGCUGGUCUUCAAGCCGGGCGAGACGCGGCGGGAGAUCGUGGUGGGCAUCAUCGACGACGACAUCUUCGAGGAGGACGAGAACUUCCGCGUGCACCUCAGCAACCUGAGGGCGGGAAGCCCAACGGCCGCCGGCCCAAUCGCCGCGCGCGCGCACUCGCCCAAAGCCGGCGCGGGGGCGGGGCCGGCCUCUGUCGCCGGGGCAACGCAGGCGCCCGCCGCCGGAGUGACGGGCGAGGCGGCCAACGAGGCGUCGUCCGCCUCCAACGUCACCACCAGCACGGUUUUGGCGGGAACCAAUCACGCGGGGGCGGGGGCGGGCGGCACCUCCGGCGCGUGCGCGCUGGCCGACGUCGCCUGCCUGGCCGAGCCCAGCACGGCCAACGUCACCAUCUUCGACGACGACCACGCGGGCAUCUUCAACUUCGAGGAGCGGCUGGUGCACGUGAGCGAGAGCGUGGGCGUGAUGGAGGCGCGCGUCCUGCGCUCGUCGGGGGCGCGCGGCGCCGUGCUCGUGCCCUACCGCACGGCGGAGGGCAGCGCGCGCGGCGGCGGCGAGGACUUCGAGGACACGGCGGGAGAGCUGCAGUUCGACAACGACGAGAUCGUCAAGACAAUAGAAAUCAGAGUAAUUGAUGAUGAGGAAUAUGAAAAAAACAAGAACUUCUUCAUUGAGAUUGGGGAGCCACGCAUUGUGGAGAUGAGUGAGAAGAAAGCCUUGUUAUUGAGUGAGCUAGGACCCUUCACAAAAACAGCAAAGCACUUCAGUGGUCAUGCUCUCUACAGGAAGGUUCAAUGUAGGGACAAUCCAAUUCCAUCGACUGUCAUCUGCUUUGCAGGGAAUGCUGAAGAUAAAGCCAUAGCAAACAAAUAUGAGGACGAGAAACGCAUCGCGGAAAUGGGCCGCCCUGUGCUCGGAGAAAACAGCAAGUUGGAAAUCGUAAUCGAAGAGUCUUAUGAAUUUAAGAACACAGUGGACAAACUGAUCAAAAAGACCAACUUAGCCUUGGUUGUUGGGACGCACAGUUGGAGGGAUCAGUUUAUUGAAGCUAUCACUGUGAGUGCUGGGGAAGAUGAUGAUGACGAUGAAUGUGCUGAGGAGAAACUUCCUUCGUGCUUUGAUUAUGUAAUGCACUUUCUGACUGUCUUCUGGAAAGUUAUUUUUGCAAUUGUACCUCCUACGGAGUACUGGAAUGGUUGGGCCUGCUUUGUUGUAUCCAUUAUGAUGAUUGGCCUCCUAACUGCUGUUAUUGGUGACUUGGCUUCACACUUUGGCUGCACCAUUGGACUGAAGGACUCAGUAACUGCAGUGGUGUUUGUAGCACUGGGAACCUCUGUUCCAGAUACGUUUGCCAGCAAGGUAUCCGCGAUUCAAGACCAGUACGCUGAUGCUUCUAUUGGUAAUGUGACCGGGAGCAAUGCUGUGAAUAUUUUCUUGGGAAUAGGAGUGGCGUGGACAGUUGCAGCAAUCUAUUGGAAUGCUCAGGGAAAGGAUUUUGAGGUGCAGCCAGGAAACCUUGCCUUUUCCGUCACGCUCUAUACCAUAUUUGCUUUCAUAAACUUUGGUGUGUUACUGUACCGAAGGAAGCCGGAAAUUGGUGGCGAGUUGGGAGGACCACGGACUGCCAAGCUUGUAACCACAGCACUCUUCACUCUGCUUUGGUUGUUGUACAUCUGUUGCUCAUCUCUGGAGGCCUAUUGCUAUAUAACGGGCUUCUAACAAAAAAAAAAAACGGGGAAAAAACAAAACAAAAAAAUCGACAGAACGUGAACAAAAUGUAGUGUUUCACUUGCCUGACGAUGGAAUGCUAACUUCUGAGAGCAUUCUUGUUGCUGGCCAGAAGUGGAUCUUAUCGUUCCACCUGCAGGGGCAUCAUUAACAAUAAAGGCUAUAUGAGUGUAGGGCUUGGUCUGCUGCUGUGCAGAGUGGUUAUACCAAAUGGUAAAAUAUUUUUUAUUGAGAAUAAAGAGAGCCUAAAAUAAUAUUUAUGGCACUUGUACCCCCCAGUAGCAUGCCCUCAUCCAUUCAUGGAAUGAUGCCUCUGUACUAAAUUGACUGUUUGAGAUCAAGUUGCUUAACACAGAAAAAAAAAAAUGACUGUCCCGUUAAUUAGUUUUGUUUUGGUAUCUGCGUGCCCUCAUUUCAUCUAACAUACUGUGUGUGCUGACAACUCCUAAUUGAAAUCCAGUGUUGUCGACAAUUGGAGGUUUUUUUUGGUUUAAUUUAAUUUGGGUUCCUUAGUUUAUUAAAAAACAAAAAAUGCACAGAAUAUGUGUAACUGCUAGACAUUUACCCAUACACGGUGUCAUUGUUAUUUUUGUACAAUAAUGUUAAAUGUGAAACUGUACUGCUGUGCAUGGUUAAGGCAUUUGUCCUGUAUGUAAUAUAAAUAACAUCACCAAUC